ACCACCCUUAUGGCAGAAAGUGAAGAGGAACUAAAAAGCCUCUUGAUGAAAGUGAAAGUGGAGAGUGAAAAAGUUGUAACCUUAAGAAGCUUAUAAAGAACAAAUAUAAAAUUAACAGAGUAUGGACAGGCCUUUUAACUUUUCUUGUGCUUCUUCCCUGUGUUGUUUUAGAGCUGGGGAAUAUUUUUCUUUUUUGGAAAGGGAAAAGCUUUGUGAAGAGUCCUUUAGUCCGUUUUUUAAUGUGACAAUUACAAAUAGGAACUCAUAGUUAACUAACUUUUAGAUGACAGUAAUCCAACUGUGAAAGCCUUUCUCAGCUAUUCCCAUUCUCUUUUAUAAAUCUAGCUCUUGUUUUUUUUAAUCUAACUCCCUUUAUAACUAUAUUUUUAUGCUUUGAUUAGUGAUGCCAUAAGAUAUUUCUUUGUACAUAUAUGCUUUAUAGUGAAUUUCCGUUUGUUGACCUGUCUUUCCAGAAACGUGUGGAAACUAGUACAACUCUACUGAACUUACUUUGUUUCUCACCAGAAUCCUUUGGGGCAACUAGAGAAUUGGAGUCACCACCUGAAGUAGAACUAGAAGACUGACACAAAAGGCAUAACAGAAGGGAGGAGCUCAGAAAAUAGGAUAGCAAUUUAAAAAAUGGUGAUUCCAGAGGGACAGUUUUAGAGGUACAUCUUUAUCUAUAGCUGGGGGAUAUUCAAGCUAUAGGUAUGAAAGAAUAAAAAGAUCAAGAUCUUGGGGAGCUAGGAAAAGCAAGCAAUUUUUUUAAAGAUAGUCUUUAUAUCCUCUUAGGAAAUCCCAAAGAGUAUAGGAGAAAGAGUAAUUGUGGGCUCUCUGUGGGGGAAGGAGAAAAACUAUAAUUCAUUCUUAUGAAGAGAAAAAGAGGUGCUUCUCGAAGACCUUUCCAUACCUGAAGUGGAGAUAUGACUGAAAAUGGGCAGAUUUAUACUUGGAAUUGUCCUUGAAAGUAACUAAUGACUGAAAUAAACAUUUCUCUGCCUCUGGUUUAAAUGUUGUCCUUCACUCACUUUCACUCCCUCUGCCCUUACAGCUCCUUCAACCCAAGAGAUGUUCCACAGACUGCUUCAUCUAAACUCAGUUUCAUCACCUUACCUAUUUUUCUACUUUAUCUUUUCUCAAGAAUGUGAGUGCCGUAGUUUAUACUUGGCAAAAAUCUCACCUGGAUAUGCCUUUGUUUUCUAUGCACUUAAGAUGGUAGCUGAAUAUUUUUAAUUUACCAGUAGUAAAGUCAUUACUUGUGGAGAUGUUUUACUAAAACAAAUUACCAUAAAAAAUUAAAAUCACUUAAGGAACACUUGAAUAUUUUAACUAAGAAUUGUGAAUUUUUUUUGCAACAUCAGUGCAAUGUAGUAGAAAAAACAUAGAUCUCAGAAAUAGGAGACUUGGGUUCAUGUUGAUUCUGACACUUAGUAGUUUAGACAAUCAAAUGACUUUGGAACCUCUGUUUCUCAUUUGUAAAAGUGGGAUUGUAUUACUACCUACCUCAUAGGGUGGUAGUAAUGAAAUAACAUGUCAAAGCACCCAGCAGAAGGGUUGGCACUGAAUAAAAACUCAGUAAGUGUUGUAUCUGAGCAGCCAAAAAGAGAAAAAAUUGUCAUAGAUCCUGAGUUGCAGGGGUUAAAGCCUGAAAGCAAGAACCAAAAGGUACUCUUCAUAAAAGUGAGAAUAUUCUAAAUUUACUUUUUUUUUUCUUUUUCUGCAUGCCUAGGAUGAAAUUGCUUUGAUUUGUUCCCUGGCUCAGGUUUCUAGUGGGGGUUGGGUAAAGAAUACAAUCCUACCAUGAUGUGGAAAUAUGUACUCAUAGCAACUUGAUUUGAAGUUUGUUUGGGUUGUUGGGGUGACAUGUAUUAGGAAAGAUGAUAAAGAAUGGUCUCCUGUUGCUCCAUCACAAUUACUGAACUGAAAAUGUGUCUCUGCUCACAGACUGCUGCUUGCCUUUGACUCCUCAGGGGGUGGAGCAAACGAUUUCCUUCCUGGAUGGGGCUGUCUAUGGUCAGUGUACAAGAGUUGCUGUAGCAACCCCGCAGCUGUGCUCUGCCUAGCAGAAACUCGGGAUCAGAAAAUUAGUAAUUGCAAACCAUGGAUGAAAUUUAUAAGAUCGCUUCCACAGAAAGGAUCCAGGUGUUGGAAAAAGAACUGGCUACACAAUUGAGUGAGCUGAAGUCUGAGAUAGAAGAACAAUGGACUCUCCAGGGGUCAGCUCAUCAAACUUACAGCUCUGUUCGAAUGCCCAAGGACAUCUCUUACUUUAGAAGAGAAAGGGAACUGGCCCUAAAGAAAACUUUACAGGUGGCUGAGUCAAAGUCCCUUGUUAUUCAACCAGAUGUCAUGCAGAGGGAGCUAGAGAGCUGCCUAAGGAGAGAGUACACUCCUGAAAAUGUACCUUUGCUUCUGUUGCAGCAUUAUACAGAGAGAAUUACCCAGCUGGCCCAGAGUAAAUAUUUACACAUGCUUAGGUGGAAGAGAUUUUGCCAUCACAGUAAGAUCAUGGAGCAACUUUAUCCUUUUUACAAGAAACAAGUUGUCUACAUUAUGCAGGAAUACAAUGAUGCUCUUCAGAGAGCUGAUCGAUUGUCUGUUGCACGAGAAAACUUCCUUAUGGGAAAAAAGAACACUCCUAACUUAGUGACACAGGAAGACCUGACUAUUUACACAAAUUGGUUAGUGUGUCACCUACACUCACUCAAGAUUAUUCACCGCUAUGUGCAGGCUCUCCAGUAUUUACCCAUCUCCAAAGCUCUGAGUGUAGCUGUUGAUGAAGUCCCCGAAGUUGGUCAGGAAAAUGAAAAGUUUCCUGUUGAUGACACUGACCCUGACAUCCAGGGUUCUGCAUCUCCAGACUCUAUGAAUACCAGUGUUUCAGGGCCAAUGAGAACAGAAACUGCUUUCGUUCUGCCCCAACACACAACAGAAACAGAAGAACUGAAACCUCAGCUGAGGCUUCUGCUCUCGCAUUUCAGUAUCUCAUAUGACGUGGAAGAGCUGAGCGAUGCGUCUAAGGAGACAGAACUUUUUGCCUUGGUUUCCCAAAAAUUUCAAAGCAUCUUCAUGGAGCAACAGAGAAUGCAAACGUUUCCAGACUAUAAUGCUGGGAUAGCUAAAGUGGAAAAUUUGAAUUUGGCAGGACCUCGUAGGGCCUUGAAAAAGAGAGCCAACUGGACUUCCUUUAUAAAGAUUAAGCCAAAAUGUGAUCCUUGGCAAAAGAAGCUUUUGACCAAACUAAAAGAACGGAGAAGAAUAGAUGUAUUAAUGCAACUCCAAGCAAAGUUUUUGAAGAUUUCCAAUCCUGAGCAAGUAAUGCAAGUGCUCCAGGAUCAUGCUGCAAAGACAGUCUUGCUGGCUUCAUCUCAUCCAACAUGUGUGGCUUCCCAGGGCAACUAUGACCAAAUCUGGGAGACUAUUUAUAGCAACAUCAACCUCUACCAGAAUGAAAACACUAAGGAAGAUGACCUUUCAGUGCAACGAGAUGAAAAUGACCCAGCACUAUUAAAUCUUAGCCAGUGUGCUAAUAAGCCUGUGAAGCAGAAGAAAGAGACAGGUUACAGUUAUGCAGUGGCCCUACAGCUGCUGGGCUUGAAUGACAGGACUGGGCCCAGUGACAGGGAUCCUGUCCUGAUGAGGGGGACCUACUUGUCCUUUCUGUAUCUGCGUCACCUGAGGAUCCGGGAGCUGCAGCACAUCUGCUUAGGAAUUCUAAACUAUUUUAGAUCUGUUGAGCGAACACUGACGAUCAACACUUCAGGCCUUACCUUGGUUUCAGGGAGCUUGGUCCCUACCUCAGAAGGCAGUUCCUGGGUAAAUAAAGCAAAAGGAGGCAUGGGCACCUCGCAAGGGCUAGGCGCUCACCACUAUGCCCACAGGACACCUGCCGAGCACAGGGUGAGGAUUGUGUUACAGUUUUUUUCCCAUGAUUAUCUUGUCUUCUAAGCCACUCCUUCUUAGCACCUGGAAUCAGUUAAAAUGAUGAAGUAACAGGUGGGAGUUUCUAGGAAAAUAACUUUUUUGAAAAAUUGCAGUGAAAAGGGAAAUGGCUUUUUAACCACAAUAAAUACAGUGUCCAUUUGAGAGCAGGACAUAGGCAGAGAACACAAAGGCCUGGAAACCACAAUAGGAAGGAAGGCAGGCAUUUCAGCUGCUGAUUUAUCCACUUUAUAGUGAACAGACCAAGAGUAGCCCUUUCAGAGAACCACAUGUCCUUACAGAGAAAUUCUUAUAAGACCCUCCUUGACAUUGCAAGAAGUAUUU